AUGGUCAACAUCAAGGGCACUACUGACGAAUUCUUGGUGAAGCUUUAUGAUGGGCGCGUGAUUGACGCCGAGGGCUGGAAUGAUUGGGAAUGGACGCACGGCAUCGGCCUCAAUGGCAUCUGGACAUAUUACGACCUGACCGGCGAUUCGAAGUGGCUGAAAAUUAUUGAGGAUUGGUUUGCCGCCCGGUUCGCCGCAGGAGGCACAACUAAGAACAUUAACACCAUAAUCAGGACCAACAACCCCAAGUAUCUGCCGUGGUUAGACAGCCGGGUUGAAUGGGCAUACCACGACCUGGAGAGGACCAGAUUUGGGGGCAUGCAACACAUCACCUACAUUGAGGAGAAUGGCAAUUAUGGAAAUGAUACCCUAAUGAUGACUGUUCUCCCACUUGCCACGAUUGGGAAGGUCUCAACCGUCCUGAUUAUAUUGAGGCAUCUGCUUGAUACGAACACUGGCCUGUUCUUCCAUGAUUUUUACUUCAAAGACGAUGGCCACAACUUUGCGCGCGAGCACUUUUGGAUCGUGGAAACGCGCGGUUGGCGAUGGCCGUUCCGAAAUUUCUGGACAUCCUAUCGCUCUCAUCCAGGGAUCCCAUUACUUCACACCUCCUCGACACGUUCAGCGCACCAUCUUUUGGUUUCUGAAGAAUCCACAGCUAGAACCAGGUUUUUGGACGAUGCUUCCGCCAUUUUUCCCUUGAUUCUUUCUACCUGCCUUUCACCUUUGAUCUUUCCAGCGUAUCUGGUUGACCCACUGGGCCAACGACCGCUCGGUGGGAAACAUGCGUGUGCAUCUCGACCGAAGGACAAGGUUGGGCAUUGCGAGAUAUGGGCGUUCGCCGUGACAGACCUUGAUGCUCUCCAUGCCGAUGUUGUCGCUAGUCGGCGGGACAGAGGCGAGCAUGUCUACGACUGGGAACAAGCCGACGUCGUACGAUUCUUGAAGAAGCCGUAA